ACGGCCGCGGCGCCAGGCGGCCGGCGGGCCUCGUGUGGAGCCUUGGGGCGGCCGCGUGGCCGCCGUCCUCCGUGCGGCCGUGCGGAGCCGCGUCCCCCUUUGCCGAGCUGCUCAGCCUGGCGUCUGGACCGUGCGAGCCGCGGCCAGAUCCCUGCUGUACCCGGAAUAACAAGGAUGGGUUCCCGUUGUGCCCUCCUAAGUCCUCGUUAAAGGGCCUGUCACCCCGCGAGCCGCGUUCGGUACCCACACGAAUGUUACACGUUCCUGGGGAGGAACGAAGCCUCUGUGCGCUUGCUCAGGCAGGCGACUCUUGCUGGCUGUUUCGGAUAACUAUAUUUGAACGAAAAUUUAGAUGUGUGCAGUGCCCCUUUGGAGUUGGUAGUGCUGCAGAUUUCUUGAACCUGCUGUGGUACGGCGAUUCAGCGCGGACAUAGCAAGAAUCUCAACAUGUUUAAGAAGCUUCCUAUAUUUGUGAGAAUGUAGUGAAUGGAUCUGACUGGACUUUCUGAGCUCAUUAAUAAACAUGAGCGGUACCAAGCCUGAUAUUUUGUGGGCACCACACCAGGUUGAUAGAUUUGUUGUAUGUGACUCAGAACUGAGCCUUUAUCAUGUGGAAUCAGCCGUGAAUUCAGAACUCAAAGCUGGAUCAUUACGUUUAUCUGAAGACUCUGCAGCUACAUUACUGUCAAUAAAUUCGGAUACACCCUAUAUGAAAUGUGUUGCAUGGUAUCUCAAUUAUGAUCCUGAAUGUCUUCUAGCAGUUGGACAAGCAAAUGGCCGAGUUGUACUUACAAGUCUUGGUCAAGAUCAUAACUCUAAGUUUAAAGACUUGAUAGGAAAAGAAUUUGUUCCAAAGCAUGCUCGACAAUGCAAUACCCUUGCAUGGAAUCCACUGGAUAGUAAUUGGCUUGCUGCUGGUCUAGACAAACACAGAGCUGACUUUUCAGUUCUGAUCUGGGAUAUCUGUAGCAAGUAUACUCCUGACAUUGUUCCCAUGGAAAAAGCGAGACUUUCAGCAGGUGAAGCUGAAACAACAUUAGUAACGAAACCACUGUAUGAGUUAGGGCAAAAUGAUGCUUGUCUAUCUCUUUGUUGGCUUCCACGAGACCAGAAACUUCUUCUUGCUGGCAUGCAUCGCAACCUAGCCAUAUUUGAUCUUCGGAACACGAGCCAGAAGAUGUUUGUAAAUACAAAAGCUGUUCAAGGAGUGACAGUAGACCCAUACUUCCAUGAUCGUGUUGCUUCCUUCUAUGAAGGUCAGGUUGCAAUAUGGGAUCUUAGAAAGUUUGAGAAGCCAGUUUUGACUUUGACUGAACAACCAAAGCCCUUGACAAAAGUAGCAUGGUGUCCAACUAGGACAGGCCUGCUUGCUACUUUAACAAGGGAUAGUAAUAUUAUUAGGCUGUAUGAUAUGCAGCAUACACCCACUCCCAUUGGGGAUGAAACGGAACCCACAAUAAUUGAAAGAAGUGUGCAGCCUUGUGAUAAUUACAUUGCUUCCUUUGCAUGGCAUCCAACGAGUCAAAAUCGCAUGAUAGUUGUGACUCCCAACCGAACAAUGUCUGACUUCACUGUAUUUGAAAGAAUAUCUCUUGCCUGGAGCCCAAUUACGUCUUUAAUGUGGGCUUGUGGUCGUCAUUUGUAUGAAUGUGCAGAAGAAGAAAGUGAUAAUUCAUUAGAAAAAGAUAUAGCAACAAAAAUGCGCCUUCGGGCUUUAUCAAGGUAUGGACUUGAUACAGAACAGGUAUGGAGAAACCACAUUUUAGCUGGAAAUGAAGACCCACAACUCAAGUCACUCUGGUAUACUCUGCACUUUAUGAAGCAGUAUACAGAAGAUAUGGAUCAAAAAUCUCCAGGCAACAAAGGAUCACUGGUUUAUGCAGGAAUUAAAUCAAUAGUAAAAUCAUCUUUGGGAAUGGUGGAAAGCAGCAGACAUAAUUGGAGUUGCUUGGAAAAACAAACUGAUAUUCAGAACUUAAAUGAAGAGAGGAUUUUAGCAUUACAGCUUUGUGGGUGGAUAAAAAAAGGAACAGAUAUAGAUGUGGGGCCAUUUUUGAACUCUCUUGUGCAAGAAGGAGAAUGGGAAAGAGCUGCUGCUGUGGCUUUGUUCAACUUGGAUAUUCGGCGCGCAAUCCAAAUCCUGAAUGAAGGGGCAUCUUCAGAAAAAGGAGAUCUGAAUCUCAAUGUGGUAGCAAUGGCUUUAUCAGGCUAUACGGAUGAGAAGAACUCCCUUUGGAGAGAGAUGUGCAGCACGCUCCGCCUGCAGCUCAACAACCCCUAUCUGUGUGUCAUGUUUGCCUUUCUGACGAGUGAGGCAGGAGCUUAUGAUGGGGUUUUGUAUGAAAACAAAGUUGCAGUACGUGACAGAGUAGCAUUUGCUUGUAAAUUCCUUGGUGAUGCUCAGUUAAAUAAAUACAUCGAAAAGCUGACCAAUGAAAUGAAAGAGGCUGGAAAUUUGGAAGGAAUCUUGCUUACAGGCCUCACUAAAGAUGGAGUGGACUUGAUGGAGAGCUAUGUGGACAGAACUGGAGAUGUCCAGACGGCAAGCUACUGCAUGUUACAGGGUUCACCUUUAGAUGUUCUUAAAGAUGAACGGGUUCAAUAUUGGAUUGAGAAUUACAGAAAUUUAUUAGAUGCCUGGAGGUUUUGGCACAAACGGGCUGAAUUUGAUAUUCAUAGGAGUAAGCUGGAUCCCAGUUCCAAGCCUUUAGCACAGGUGUUUGUGAGUUGUAAUUUUUGUGGCAAAUCAAUCUCCUACAGCUGUUCCACUGUGCCUCAUCAGGGCAGAGGGUUUAGUCAAUAUGGUGUGAGUGGCUCGCCAACAAAAUCCAAAGUGACAAGCUGCCCUGGGUGUCGAAAACCGCUUCCUCGGUGUGCACUUUGCCUCAUUAAUAUGGGAACACCUGUUUCUAGCUGUCCUGGUGGAUCCAAAUCAGAUGAAAAAGUGGACUUGAGCAAGGAUAAAAAGUUGGCUCAGUUUAACAACUGGUUUACUUGGUGUCACAACUGUCGGCAUGGUGGGCAUGCCGGACAUAUGCUUAGUUGGUUCAGGGACCAUGCAGAGUGUCCUGUAUCUGCGUGCACAUGUAAAUGUAUGCAGUUGGAUACAACAGGAAAUCUGGUACCAGCAGAGACUGUCCAGCCAUGAAAUGUUACACCUAAAGGAAAACCUUCAAGUGUGGAGUUCUUAAUAGAUGUUCUUCAUAGUUCAGAAACAUACCUCAGAACAAGUCACUCAUGACUUCCCUAUAAGGGGAAAAUAAAUCAUUCUAUCAGAUCAGCAA